CUCCUCAGAUCUCUCUCCCUUCUCUUCCCUCCACUGUCCACUCUCAUCCUUCCAACUGACCUAGGCAGCCGCCCCCCCGCCGCAAAUGGCCGCCACCGGUUCUGUCCGCGCCACCUCGGCCCUUAACGUCAAGCCCUCCCAGCUCAACCUAUCCUCCAAGCUCCCCUUGCCCCCACCCUUCUCCGUCACCCCUCUCUGCCGCCGCUCCGCCAACUCCCACCGCCGCACCCUGGUUCUCGUCCGCGCCGGCCUUGACGCUAAGCCCACCGUCCUGGUCGCGGAGAAGCUCGGCGAGGCGGGGCUCACCCUCCUCAAGGACUUCGCUAACAUCGACUGCUCCUACAAUCUCUCCCCGGAGGAGCUCUGCACCAAGAUCUCCCUCUGCGACGCCCUGAUCGUGCGGAGUGGCACGAAGGUCACAAGGGAGGUGUUCGAGUCCUCGGGAGGGCGGCUUAAGGUCGUUGGCAGGGCUGGGGUCGGGAUCGACAAUGUGGAUCUGGCAGCUGCCACCGAGCACGGGUGUCUGGUGGUCAACGCCCCCACGGCAAACACUGUUGCGGCGGCGGAGCACGGGAUCGCCCUCCUCACGGCCAUGGCCAGGAAUAUUGCCCAGGCUGAUGCGUCCGUUAAGGCCGGAAAGUGGCAAAGGAACAAAUAUGUCGGAGUCUCCCUCGUGGGAAAGACCCUAGCUGUUAUGGGCUUUGGGAAGGUUGGAUCAGAAGUUGCUCGCCGUGCCAAAGGUCUUGGGAUGCAUGUUAUUGCACACGAUCCUUAUGCCCCUGCAGACCGGGCCCGUGCGAUUGGUGUCGACCUUGUGGGAUUUGAUGAGGCCCUUGCUACAGCAGAUUUCAUCUCCCUGCACAUGCCGCUGACUGCAGCUACAGCUAAGGUUCUCAAUGAUGAAACGUUUGCCAGGAUGAAGAAAGGAGUUCGAAUUGUUAAUGUUGCUCGUGGGGGUGUGAUUGAUGAGGAAGCCCUUGUGAGAGCUCUGGAUGCAGGAGUUGUUGCUCAGGCUGCACUUGAUGUUUUCACAGAGGAACCACCAUCAAAGGACAGCAAAUUGGUGCAGCAUGAAAAUGUUACUGUGACCCCACAUCUCGGAGCAAGCACCAUGGAGGCCCAGGAAGGAGUGGCCAUUGAAAUUGCUGAAGCUGUUGUCGGAGCUCUGAAAGGGGAGCUUGCUGCCACUGCCGUCAAUGCACCGAUGGUUCCUGCAGAGGUUCUCACUGAGCUGAAACCAUUCGUUGUGCUUGCCGAGAAACUUGGGAGAUUAGCGGUUCAGUUAGUAGGCGGUGGAAGCGGUGUGAAAACCGUGAAAGUUACUUAUGCCUCUGCUAGAGCACCUGAUGACCUCGACACAAGACUCCUGCGGGCAAUGAUCACGAAGGGCUUGAUUGAGCCCAUCUCAAGUGUCUUUGUGAACUUAGUAAAUGCAGACUUCACUGCUAAACAAAGGGGGCUCAGAAUCACUGAGGAGAGAAUUAUCCUCGAUGGUUCCCCUGAAAGUCCUUUGGAGUUCGUUCAGGUUCAGAUCGCGAAUGUGGAGUCGAAAUUCGCUAGUGCUAUAUCAGAAUCAGGGGAGAUCAAGGUCGAGGGAAGGGUUAAGGAUGGGAUCCCACAUCUCACUAGGGUGGGGGAAUUCGAGGUGGAUGUGAGCUUAGAAGGGAGCAUAAUCCUGUGCAGGCAGGUUGAUCAGCCCGGGAUGAUUGGGAGGGUCGGAAGCAUCCUGGGUGAGGAGAAUGUGAAUGUGAGCUUCAUGAGUGUGGGAAGGAUCGCUCCAAGGAAGCAGGCUGUCAUGGCGAUCGGAGUUGAUGAUCAGCCUAGCAAGGAGACUCUGAAGAUGAUUGGGGAUAUCUCUUCAAUCGAGGAGUUCGUGUUCCUCAAGUUGUGAUUCCAGUCAUGAUAACUGGACCUCAGCCUUGAUAAUGCGUAUCCCAUUCAGUUUUUAUCCUUGUACCGAACUAUUCUUGGGCACAGAGUUGUCUUGUCUUUUGACUGGUCUGUGCCCAAAUUUUGAUUGAGUGAUGUAAUAUGUCAGUGUUUUGGGAAUUAGGAAGCGUUAUUAGGUUGAAGAGGGAUAAAUGAGUUGAUGUUUGUUUGGUUAUGAUUCAUAUAAUAAGCUUUUAAUUAAGUUGUCAUAGCUCUCUGAUCACGAGAGAAUAAAGAUUGUUGUCACUA